AUAACAAAAAAACCUGACUUAAAUGAUCCUGUAUUAAGAGCUAAAUUGGCUAAAGGGAUGGGUCAUAAUUAUUACGGAGAACCCGCAUGGCCCAACGAUCUUUUAUAUAUUUUUCCAGUAGUAAUUUUAGGUACUAUUGCGUGUAACGUAGGCUUAGCGGUUCUAGAACCAUCAAUGAUUGGUGAACCCGCCGAUCCAUUUGCAACUCCUUUGGAAAUAUUACCCGAAUGGUAUUUCUUUCCCGUAUUUCAAAUACUUCGUACAGUACCUAAUAAGUUAUUGGGUGUUCUUUUAAUGGUUUCAGUACCUGCGGGAUUAUUAACAGUACCUUUUUUGGAGAAUGUUAAUAAAUUUCAAAAUCCAUUUCGUCGUCCAGUAGCGACAACUGUCUUUUUGAUUGGUACCGUAGUGGCCCUUUGGUUGGGUAUUGGAGCAACAUUACCUAUUGAUAAAUCCCUAACUUUAGGUCUUUUUUAA